UCCUGCCGGAGGGAGAGCGCAGGUCCAUCCAGUCUGCAGGCAGCGCCGGCAACUACUGCAAACACACUGCUCACUGCUCACUGCUCACCAGCCUCUGGACACUCCAAGCUAUGGACCCGGCAGCCGCUUCCCAGUGGGCGGCGCAGACUGCCAGCAUAUGCCCCGUGGGCGGCGCCGCCGGCGCGCUGUUUGUGCAGCUGCUGGCCACGCUGGUGAGGGCGCAGUGCCUGCUGUCGGAGCGCAGCGCCUACCCGCCGGACACGGCGCUCCCGCUGCCGGAGUACGACUUCGUGGUGGUCGGCGCCGGGUCCGCUGGCUCCGCGGUGGCCGCCCGCCUCACGGAGAACCCCGAGUGGAAGGUGCUGCUGCUCGAGGCGGGGGGUGACCCGCCGCCCACCUCUGACAUUCCCAGCUUCUACCCUCUGCUGGCGAAGACUGAGGUGGACUGGGCCUACCUGACCGAGCCAGACGGGCGGUCGUGUCUGGCGUUCAAGGGCGGGCGCUGCCCGAUGCCGCGCGGCAAGGCUCUGGGCGGCACCAGCGCGCUCCACGCCAUGAUCCACAUCCGCGGCAGCCCUCAGGACUACGACGCCUGGGCCGCGCUGGGCAACGACGGCUGGGCAUACCGGGACGUCCUCCCGUUCUUCAAGAAGCUGGAGGCCUUCGACGAGAAGGAGCUGAAGAGGAGGCCGCACACUGAGUCCGUCCACGGCCGCGAAGGUGCCAUCCGGGCUACAAAGUCAGAGUCCCCACUUCCCUUCACGGUCGCUCUGGAAGAGGCAGCCCGAGAGCUGGGGUUCACAAUUAUCCAGGACUACAGCGCCGAGCCGAACCUGGGGUUCGGACACGUACCUUGCAACAUCGAGAACGGCAUCAGGUGGAGUGCCGCUCGAGGGUACCUAGCGCCAGCCAAGGAUAGGAAGAACCUGCACGUCGCCAAGUCCGCGUACGCGACGAAGGUGCUCGUCGAUCCUAAGACAAAGGAGGCAUAUGGUGUACAGUUUGUAAAAAACGGCGAGGUGAAGGAAGUUAGAGCUAAGAAGGAGGUUAUCGUUUCGGCAGGAGCUAUCGACACCCCUCACAUACUGAUGCACUCGGGAAUAGGACCGAAGGACCACCUGGAGGAGUUCGGCAUAACUGUAAUAAAGGAUCUGAAAGUCGGAUACAAUCUACAGGACCACCAGGUUUACUCUGGGCUCUACUACACGAGGGAGCCUCCGCCGAAGAAGUCGCUCGAGGGCGCCGCCUUCGAGUACCUGUUGAACAGGACGGGGUUCUUGUCGGCCAGCAGGACCAGCACGUUUACAGGAUUCGUCCGGACGGAUCGGGCGCCUCCCAACCGAGUCGGGCUCCCGGAGUUGGACUCGCCGAGCUACCCGGACGUGCAGAUGCACUACUCGUACGUGGAGCGAGGACAGUCGGGCACGCUGGCCGAGUUCUACAACUACGGGGAGGAGGCGGCGGCGGCCCUGGCGCGGCUGACGGAGCGCGACGACGCGCUGCUGGCGAUGCCGACGCUGCUGGCGCCGACGAGCCGCGGCCGCGUGCGUCUGGCCGGCGCCGACCCGCGCCUGCGGCCGCUCGUCCAGGCGGGCUACUACGCCGACCCGCGCGACCUCGACAACCACGUGGCCGGCGUCGCGUUCGCGCACCGCGUGGGCGCCACGCGGGCGAUGCGCGCCGCCGGCUACUCGGUGCGCGACCUGCCGCUGGCGGCGUGCGCCGACCGGCCGCCGCUGACGGAGGACUACUGGCGCUGCGCGCUGCCGCACCUCGCGACGACGCUCUUCCACCCGGUGGGCACCGCCAAGAUGGGGCCGGCCGGCGACGCCGACGCCGUCGUCGACCCGCAGCUGCGCGUCCACGGCGUGCGCAACCUGCGCGUGGCCGACGCGUCCGUAAUGCCGCUGAUCGUGCGCUGCAACACCAACGUGCCGGCCAUCAUGAUCGGCGAGAAGUGCGCCCACAUGGUCGCCCAGCACUGGCGCCGCCGCGACGACGCUCACCCGCUCAAGGAGGAGCUGUGAAGGGACAACCUUUCCCGUAUGCCAGUCAAGAUAACCGUUUCACGUAAUUUCGUCCUCAUCAGACCAUAUUUGUAGUGACACAGUAACCUAUCUUACAGCUAAUCUACAGCGUGUUUCAUAUUUCAUGUUACACGUUUCUAAGGGUUGUAGAAGGCACUUAAGGAGAUCAGUUUUUACAUAGGAACUCAUGUUCUGAAACGUAAUACGAAGACACUACAGAGCGUCAAAGUUAAUAGGUGCCGGUGUCUAUACAGGGUGUUAGAAAAAGGUACGGCCAAACUUUCAGGAAACAUUCCUCACACAAAGAAAGGAAAUAUGUUAUGUGGACAUGUGCCCGGCAACGCUUACUUUCCAUGUUAGAGCUCAUUUUAUUACUUCUCAUCAAAUCACAUUAAUCGUGGAAUAGAAACACACAGCAACAGAACGUACCAGCGUGACUUCAAACACUUUGUUACAGGAAAUGUUCAAAAGUCCACCGUUAGCGAGGAUACAUGCAUCCACCCUCCGUCGCAUUGAAUCCCUGAUGCGCUGAUGCAGCCCUGGAGAAUGUACCGGGGUUACGUAGACAACAGCUUUCAAAUGCCCCCAUAAAUGAAAGUCGAGAGGGUUGAGGUCAGGAGAGCGUGGAGGCCAUGGAAUUGGUCCGCCUCUACCAAUCCAUCGGUCACCGAAUCUGUUGAGAAGCGUACGAACACUUCGACUGAAAUGUGCAGGAGCUCUAUCGUGCAUGAACCACAUGUUGUGUCGUACUGGUAAAGGCACAUGUUCUAGCAGCACUGGUAGAGUAUCCAGUAUGAAAUCAUGAUAACGUGGUCCAUUGAGCGUAAGUGGAACGAAACUAAAAUGAGCUCUAACAUGGAAAGUAAGCGUUUCCGGACACAUGUCCACAUAACAUCUUUUCUUUAUUUGUGUGUGAGGAAUGUUUCCUGAAAAUUUGGCCGUACCUUUUUGUAACACCCUGUAUACAGGAUGAAAAGUAUUUAAACCGACAAACUCUGGGAGGUUGUAGGGGACAUCAAAACAAAUAUUUUUCCCUAAUGUCAUUUUUCCCUAUGAGGGGUUUUUAAACCAGUAGAGGAAGAUUUCUCUGGCGGCAAAUUAAUUAAACCAACAAACACUUUUCCAUUUUUUUAUGACCAAGAGACAACACAUUAACAUAGCCCAGUUUCAAUUACAGUAGAUUUUUUUCAAAAAUGCCUCCAUUGACACGUAAACAAAGGUUACACCGUCGGAUCAUGUUCUGUCCGACACGGGCCAAACAGCCCCAGGAGUAUCCUGAAUUGUUCCUGCUGCUGCUACUAUCUGGGCAACCAGAUCCUCUUCUGAUGCAACAGGGGUUGCGUAAACAAGGUUGCGCAUCUCUCACCACACAGAAAAGUCCAGAGGGGACAUACCUGGGGAUCGAGCAGGCCAUGGUACAGGACCACCUCUGGCAAUCCACGUUUCUGGGAACGGUCGGUCCAGGAAUCGACGCACACGACGACUGAGAUGUGCCGGCGCCCGUCGUCUUGGAACCACAUUCGUUGUCUUGUAGGGAGCGGGACGCUCUCCAGCAAUUCUGUCAACGCUCUGGCGAGAAAAUUGUAAUUGUGCCUGUCAUUUAAUGGCCUAGGUAGCGGAUAAGGCCGAAUUAAAUAGUCCCCAACAACACCGACCCAAACAUUAACGAAGAACCGCACUUGAUGAGCGCUAGUAACUGUGGCAUGUGGGUUAUAUCCUCACUCCAAACAUGCGAAUUGUGCAUGUUGAAGACUCCAUCAAGCCCGAACUUUGCUUCAUCGGUAAACAACACAGAGGAUGGAAAUGUAGGAUGCAUUUCACAGUGUCCCAGGUAGCACUGCGAAAACUGUGCUCUGGGUGGAUAAUCAACUGGUUCCAGGUUGUGGACACGCUGUAAGUGAAAUGGACGUAACAAUUGCUCUCGAAGGACUGUUCUUACAUUCGUCUGAUUCGUCCCCAUGUUACGUGCAAUUGCACGAGUGCUGAUUGAAGGAUCCCGCUCCACAUGCUGCAAGACAGCUUCCUCAAAUUGCAACGUUCUUACCGUGCGACGGCGUCCCCGUCCAGGUAAUCUGCUAAAUGACCCGGUCUCACGCAGACGUUGGUAUACAGCAGCAAAUGGCGUAUGAUGCGGGAUACGGCGAUUAGGAUAUUGUUGUUGAUAAACCCGCUGUGCAGCUCGUCCGUUGUGGUGCGCUACGUAGUUCGCACCAACCACAUCAGUGUACUCACCUCAGAUGUAUCGCUCCAUUAGUAAACAGAGACAAUCCACUACUACACUGGUGGACACCAGUUGCCUACCACUGAAGAGCGUAAUACACCCUCUAACAACUGAAGAUCGUAAUACGGCCUCUAACAACCGAAGAGCGUAAUACGGCGUCCACCAGUUUAAAUACUCCUCAUAGGAAAAAAUGUUUGUUUUGAUGUCCCCUACAACCUCCUAGAGUUUUUCGGUUUAAAUACUUUUCACCUUGUACGCGUGCAUAUACAGGGUGAUCACGUGAUGAUGUUACAAACUUUCUAGGAUGAUGGAGAAGGAUUAAUGUAUCAAUUUGAGGUAAGGGCCUCUGUUGGUUGGUUGAUUUGGGGAAAGGGGACCAAACAACGAGGUCAUCGGUCCCAAGUUAGGGAGUCGAAAUUUACAAGCGAAAACGGUUCUGAUACGUCUGACAGUGGAAUAUAUGUUUCGGCACCGUUGCUGUUAAGAUUGUAGGGUAGUCAGCUUUCAGAGGUGGUAGUAUGGACCAAAACAAGAAAAAAAGUCCAUUAAACAUGGGCUCUAAAACGCAUACCUUAAGAGCUAUGAGCACUUGUUGAAUAGAUGUACUGGGACAGAAUCAGGGUAUCGUAUACCGUAUCCUAUACUUGAGACGAAUCCAGAAAGUUUAUUAAUUUGUGAAUCAGACUUAACCAGGGGUUGAAUUAAAUUAUGCCUCCAUAUGAAAGCACAUUUUCUGUUUUUCACCAACACGGAGGACCAUCCUACAAUCGCCCUUUUGUAUUAUUUUGUAUUUCUGAUAUGUGGAGUUCAAAAUCAAAUACACCUCUCCCGAAGCAGUUCGAUGCAACUCUCAAAAAUUCUGGAGAAAAUAGACUUGUAAAUUUUCCGGCCUUGCUUAAGAUGCUAAACUAAUAUAGAACGUUUUGACGAACAGUGUGUCUCUCUAGUUGCGUGCUUGUACGCUGCUUGGAGACCUGGGUUCGAUUCAUGGUAGAUUGGAAUUUUUAAAGAAAGGCACACGUUCUAUGAGCAUUUUACGUGAAGCAUAGAAUGAAAAAUGGUAGAAAUAAUAUAGUUUGUAAUUUUUUUUCACUAUACAGUCUUGAUUAACAAUCUUGUAUAAAAGACCCGUCACUAAGAAUUUUAAUGAAAACUGUAAGUUUGUGUAUAGUAUAUAGUUAGAAAUAAAGAGACUUGGAUCUUUCAUAAAAAUGUCUAUUAGAUGUGUUAAUUACCACAUAUUUCAUAAAUUUAAUAUUUAAAUGACAUAGGUAUUCGAACUGAAUACAAAAAACGGAAAAAAUAGUAACCAAAAUGAAACUCUAUACAUUUCUUCUUUUGUACUGUAGUUGUCAGUUCUUUUAUUUUCAAGAACUGAUGCAGUCGCACCGGCCAGUUCGAGAAGUAUGUCGAUAACGUAUCUCGAAAAAUUUGGUGUUCUUCUUUUGUUUUCAACUUCACCAAACAUAGACGAACGCACUAGUAGCGAGAUAUAAACGCUUCUGCUUUUUGACUAAAGUGAGAUUAUGUGACAAUGAUUGUCUAGAAAACUUAGUAUAUAAGCGGCUGUGUGCAAAUUCGUAUCUCUAACAUCUUUGCAUUUCCGGUGUGCCUUCUACUCAAAUACACGGAGCAAACAGCUAUCAAACGUGUGAUUGACUGCCGACGGAUUUCUGACCGGCAAUUAAUCACAGAGAUAUUUUAAACGCUGAUUAACCGCAGUCACAGGACCUUGCUUAUUUUGCUGGACUCAGCUACGGGUGUCUCUCCUAACAGUCGUCAUGUGCGUUUCCUUUGUGUUUCAGGAGAUAUUUGAAAUUUUGUUAUUGCUCGAGUCGCCCCAAAUAAGUACUGCUCGUCACAAGUAUCUUGCAAACGCUCAGUGGCAACGGAAAGCGUCGGUUUGUUUCCAAUUAUAAGCAAAAUGAUGUACCAAGCGAAAUUGUUUCUGCCCACGCGGCAGAGCGAUACCAAAUCAGCCUAGUGCGAUAUUCGUUUUAUCGAUAUGUGUUACCGUAAUAGUGGCAGUAAACAGAAAGAAUAGUCAGUAGGAAAAAAAAAAACCAACAGAUCUCAUAUAUAUAUAUGUGAUUGGGAAAUUGACAAUGUUUCUUUGUUUCAGUAAGAUGGGAACUGUGUAACUAUGAGUAUGUUUGAACGUGUCAGACUGUGUCGGAGACCGGUAUUCUUGAAAUAAUAAACAGCUUUCGACUCAGUGGUACAAGGGAAGAGUUGUCUUUCUUUUAUGUUCAAUCUGACGCCAUAGGGGGUGUAUGAAAUUCCAUUUUCACAGAUCAGUCACAUUAACUGGUCCCGAAGACAGAGCGCUGUUGUUCUGUCACUAGAUAAGUUCAGUAAUUUUUAUCGUCAAUAACGUGCGACGCACUCAAUGUAUUCCUAGUAUUAGUUAUCAAACGUAAGGCCUUCACAUUUUGUACCUGGGUUGUGACUCAACCGUUCAAUAUUUGCAGAAAGUCAUAUUUAUGUACCACCAAGAGCUGCUGAUAAAAUAAAAUUUUAUUUUCUAUCUGUUUC